AUGGCGCGUGUUCCCUUUAUCGGGCGACUGUUUUGGUUCGAAUAUUUGGCGCUUUUCGCAUCGUUAUUACUGGUUCUCUUCGAGACGGUCAUUCACUUGAUCACAUUUUGCCUUCGUGAGUCCACAUCAACUCGUCUCCCGAUUCCUCCCCAGACUACGAAUACUGACAAAAAGGAACUACUAGCACUGCCCAUCAUCCACUUUUGCUAUGAACAGUCAAAGUCUCUCUUCAACAGAUUUGUAUCUACGGAGCCACGAGGCAAACAGACCCAGGAAGAGAGACUUGCGGCCGCGAUAGCUGACGCGUCCGAUUUCACAGAGAUCUGCUCUCUCUUCGGGUAUGAAGCGGAAGAGCAUAUUGUUCAGACCGGCGAUGGAUAUCUCCUUGGACUCCACCGAUUGGCCUACAAAAAGGGCGAGGAGAACACAAAAGUCAACCAAGGAGCAGGAGGUAUCAGCAAAAAGGUCGUUUAUCUUCACCACGGCCUGCUCAUGUGCAGUGAAGUGUGGGUCGCCCUCACAGAUGAACAGAGAUGUCUGCCGUUCCGGCUCGUCGAGCAGGGGUACGACGUCUGGCUGGGGAACAAUCGCGGCAACAAGUAUGCCAAGAAAUGCGUUCGAUUCUCGCCGGGGUCGAAUGAGUUCUGGGAUUUCUCGAUCGAUCAAUUCGCCUUUCACGAUAUUCCCGACAGCAUUGAGUACAUUCUCGGUGUGACCGGCCAGCCGUCAUUGUCUUAUAUUGGAUUCUCACAGGGCACAGCGCAAGCCUUUGCGACUUUAUCGAUCCAUCCAUUGCUGAAUCAGAAAGUCGACGUCUUCGUGGCGCUGGCACCCGCCAUGGCUCCCUCGGGCUUGCGCAAUCGUAUCGUCGACUCACUGAUGAAAGCGUCGCCCGACUUCCUGUUCCUCCUCUUCGGUCGACGCAGUAUACUCUCAUCCACGACCAUGUGGCAAACGAUCCUCUAUCCACCUAUCUACGUUCGGAUCAUCGACAUGGCUCUUCGGGCCUUGUUCAACUGGAAAUGUCGCAAUAUCUCCCGAACGCAGAAGCUCGCCGCAUAUCUGCAUCUGUACUCAUUCACCAGCACCAAGUCCGUCGUGCACUGGUUCCAAAUCAUCCGCAACAAAAACUUCCAAUUCUUCGACGACGAGACUCACGCCCCAUUCAGCGUCGUGGCCAGCGAACGCUUCUACAAGCCCGUGAAAUACCCAACCCGAAACAUCAAGACCCCCAUCGUCCUUCUGUACGGAGACAGCGACAGCCUCGUCGACAUCAACGUCAUGCUCCAGGGUCUUCCCCGCGAAACAGUCGCCAAGGCCAUCCCCGAAUACGAACAUCUAGAUUUCCUCUGGGCGUCGGACGUGGAUCGGCAGGUCUUCGGCCACGUCUUUGAGGCCCUCGAGAAAUAUAGUCAAGGCGCUAUCGAUCCAAGUGAGCCGGCUCUCCUUGAGACGCGGCAAGAUGGUCGCUUUGCCAUUGAAUCUCGAGGCUCGAAUACUUCUGCGCCUCGACUGCGCUCAAAGGAGACGUUGUUCACUGGCGCCUUGUGA